AUGAGCGCCACACGGUCCUCCCUCGCUAAACCAUCUACAGCCUCAUCUUUGAAUCGGAGGGGAGUUAUGAACGAGGCAUCUUCAUCAAAGGCAGUAGUUCUUUCGUCGUCAUCAUCGUUGGGCACCACUUCAGCAGCUGGUUCUUCAAAUAAUAACCACUCGGCAGCCAAGAGGCCCCUUUCGCAGCCCGUGAGACAUUACAAGAAGAGUAACAGUAAUUCUUCGAAUCCGACAUCAUUAUCAAACAACAACAAACAGCAAGCGCCUCCCUCAACUGCAAGUUCGGGAAGUAGGAGUGAAUUAUUAAAGAGAAAGUUAUCAAGCCCAACAACGCCAAUGACUCAGAAAGGGACAACAACAAAUUCCGAAAAUGGUAUCCAUCAUCAAGACUAUCCAACCUUGUAUCAUCAACAUGCUUCAUUGAAAGAUGAAAAAGCAAUCUUACUCAACGAGGAAGAGCUCCAUCAUGAAUUUACAAAACAAAAGAGGAGACUUGAACGAUUGGCUCACAUAAUGAAAUUACCAAUCAUUGAUUUAGAGUAUUUUAUGAACACCUACGGGACAGAAUUUAGCACAAAUAAUCUUCAUCAACUUUCUACCGUUGUUGAUCUUCUUGAAAAGCACAAACGAAGAACAAUUGAAGUCACUGAUGCAAUCAGACAUAGAGAGCAAAUUUUAGAGAAGAUGUGCUGUCUUAUUGACGAUUUUCACAAUCUCAAAGAGAAUAAUCCAGGAAUUUUACUGUUUGUUCAAAGAGAGGCCCUCUUUCUUCAAAAAAGCUCUUCAGCAUAUCGGAACAAAAGUUGUAGAGCUGAUCGACAAAUGGAGGAAAGAUCUGAGCUUGGACUACCCAUUCAGAUUUAUGGAACAUUCAAAUUAUUUACUCAAGAUGAGAUAUGA